AUGCUCGAAAGUGGGUACUUGGUUAUGGAUUAUAUUGGCAACUCAGAUGUGCAAAUGCUUUCAGAGACUUGGGACGAAUACCGCCAUCAACGGGAUAAGAGAACGAACCUUUUCAAGGGACUUUCUCGCAUUAUGCUCUCUUUAAGUCGGGUGCCGCUACCUCGCAUAGGAUCUUGGACCUUGGACUCGAAUGGAGCUUUGCGACUUUCUAAUCGACCUCUCACUCUUCGACUCCAUCAAUUAGAGAACGGGGGGAUUUCGACUAACAUUGGUCGAAGUUUGACCUACUCGGCAGCGGAAGCAUACUAUCUUGAUCUUCUAUCUUGUCAUGAUAGUCGUAUACGGAACCAGCCAAACUCCGUCAGCGAUGCGGAUGAUGGCCGGGCUCAGAUGGCAAGGUUAACGAUGAUGAAAGCACUCAUACCUCAUUUCUCUAAAAGAGAACAUCGAGAAGGACCUUUCUUUUACAGGCUCACAGAUCUCCAUCCUAGUAAUAUCUUCGUUGACAGCCAAUGGAACGUUAAGUUUGUGAUUGACCUCGAAUGGGCCUGUUCACUACCAGCCGAAACUUUGCAUCCUCCAUACUGGUUGACCGGUCGUUCAGUCGAUGAAUUAACAGGAGAGCACCUUGAAGAAUUCAGAGAGGCGUACGAAGAGUUCGUGGGUAUUUUUGAGGAGGAAGAAAAACUCUUUCCUCCUAUCAACAAUGUCUAUUCUUAUAGGACCACUCUUAUGAGAAAUGGUUGGCAAGUCGGAAACUUUUGGUAUUUUCAUGCCUUGGACAGCCCGAAGGGCUUAUUUAACCUCUUCCGUCAACAUGUUUAUCCGAUUUUUGCACCUUCACAUCAGAUUGCUUCCGAGUUUUCGCGGCUUGUAUCGGACUUCUGGGCCCCCGAUGUUGAGGAAGUCAUACUUGCCAAGCUCCGAGAUAAGGAGGAGUAUGACAGGUCACUUUGUCAAUUGUUUGAUGAUGCUUCGGACUGUACCCGAGACGGAGCUUUGGUGCAUUGA